AUGGAUGUAACUAGUUACGUGCAUAAACUUCUGGCUAAAGAAGUGUUGCGUGACAAGCUGAUUCAGCAUUUUCAAGCGGUCGAUAGACUUCUGUCUCAUCCAGCAUGCGCAAUAAUUCAGCAGAUCAAAUUUGACGUGGUUCACAUUGAAGUAUCAAACGGGUAUUGUUUCUCGAUCAAAGCCCAAAAUUUCAUCGUCUGUCCUAUCCCGGAAUCCAUGCGCGGAAAACUGUCGCCAAGAUCUUUUGUUCCAUAUGACAGUUCCAAACCGCCGAAGCCUGGGUAUUUUCGGGAAGGCAUUGUCAACUCCUUUCCCGAUGACGACGUGCGAGUACGGUUCCUGAGUAAACUCUAUCAGUGCCUGCUCGCAUUCAGCAUGCCUCACAAGGUGAGGAAAUUGGUAGUGGUUGGCCUCAAAGAUUCGGGCAAAACAUCUUGGUCCAACAUAUUCCAUUGUGUUAUUCCGGCCAGCUACAUUGCGUCGCUCACAAACGAGAGACAAUUUUCUGCCGCUAUGAUUAACAACAAAACUCAGCUGGUCCUCGUGGACGAAUGGUCGCCGAGCACGAUGCAAUCCGACCUUGCCAAAUGCAUCCUUCAAGGCGGAUGUAUGGUCUCUGCGGUAAAGCACGGCCUACCAAAGACGGUAUUAAAUAAUAGCCCCUUCUACAUCACAACAAAUAAUCUCCCGAAUUUUGGUAAAGAAGAAGACGAUAACGUGAAGCGCAGAAUUGAGAUAUUCACAACAAUGUCAUUGCCUCAAACUCUACCGGGAAUCGACAAGUGGAUUUAUGACCACGCGAUGGAUUGUAUUGCGUGCAUAGCGGAAGAAAUCAACGCAAACCGCGAGCACAUCGAUGGACAUGAGCUCUGGGACGAGCCAAAUCACUCUAGACCGUUGACGAUUGCUGCAAACGAGGGGGAAAGUCUGCUCAGUGACGAACACGUGCGACGCAUAUCCAAUGCUGAUUUGCGCGAGGAGGACGCUCCUAUCGUUGAGGAAUUGUCGCAAACAAUCCACGACGGUUUUGGGUUGAGUUACGUUCGCGACGUCUCGCGCGGAAGAGAAGGGCCGCUCGUGGGGAGCUAA